AUGUUCCCCUCCACCGACUGCGAUGAUUGCAAGCCAGCGUAUAUGCGACGCAGCCUCGAUUCCGUUCCUCCCUCGACGAUUGUCCUAUCUUCCGCGCCUCUUCUCUUGACAUGGAUCGCGGCGGUUGUCAUCGCCCAGAGGAGGCUGUUGCCUAUACUUUCGAGCGACAAUGAGAGGAAGAGCGGGCAAGAUGAACUACCCACCUUUUAUAAAAAUGUCUUUGGGGGAGGUGGUAGUAGUACGUGGCAGAGUGUGAAGAAACCCUCUGCGCAAAAGCUGGCAUCAUGGGUCUUCUCGGCGAGCAUGGGCUUGUCGGCAGUUUUGGUGGAGUUGCUUCUCUGCGAGAUAUCCAACACGCUCAAUCCUGCGGCGAGAGGAUUGGCACUGCAGAUCACGCUGAGCUCUUUGCUAGUAUUGAGCAUAGUAAUUACACCGGCGCUGGAGAUCCAUGGCAUCGUGAAAGGGUUGCUAGGUACACCCUCAGACACGGCAUCCACGCGCAGGACCCGGCCGAAAUUUCGACUUGCCAUGGAGCUCGCGCUUUUGGCUUCGUGGUUAGUGGUCUUUUGGUAUAUUCCUCAGACUUCGGUCUUGAGGAAGAAGCUGCAUGAAGGAGACCAUGGACAUUCAGAGGGUGAUCAUGCGUUCACGGAGGCUUGUCUGGAAAGGAUUGGGAUCAUUGGAAUAUCCCUCAUGGCCUCGCUAUCUGGAUUCGCUGCGGUAUCUUCGCUUUGGCAGACGUUUGGAGUUCGACAUCGAGUCGUGAAAGAAAAUGAUAUAUCACGCAAAGCAGCUGGUCUGACUGCUACGGAAGAAAUGCUCGCAGCUAAGCAGAGCCGAGUGCGAGCUUUGGAGCGCAAGAUGUCUGAAGGUGGUGGAGCAUCUCCGGUCGAACAAUCUGGUAUCAUGGGCCGAGUUAUUGGUUCGUUCCGUGGGUCCAAUGAAGUGCAAGAGCUGAAGGCGCUGCGAAUGGAGGUCUCUGGACUGGAGACAAUGAGAUUCAGUCUGGCCAACUCGCUCUCCAAUCUCCGCUCUCGACAUGCUGAGCAGGAACGAUCGAGAAGCAAAACAGGCCGGCUCCUCAACAUUGCCAACAUGAUAUUCGCCAUAUACUGCGCUUACCGGAUCUGCGCUACAUCCCUCUCAUCACUCCGGCGAUGGUGGAAUCCAUCACACUCAUUCGCAACCAGCGAUCCGAUCAACAACCUCCUCGCCCUUCUAACUGCCCACUGGGACAGCAAUCUCGAUCGAGCCGCCUGGUCGCGGCAGAUCAGCUUCUUACUCUCCGGCGUAAUGCUCCUGGCCUCGUUCAACGCCGUCCUCCAAACCUUCCGCCUUUUCGCAAGAUUCGCCCCUGGCCUGCUCCAGCACGCACAAACCAGUCUCCCACUCAUAAUAUCGCAGAUCGCUGGCACCUACGUGAUCAGCUCUGCACUCCUCUUAAGAAGUAACCUGCCACCAGAAGUGAGCAGCGUCAUCUCCGAAGCCCUUGGAGCGCCGCUGGAAGGCCGCUUUGUCGAGGGCUGGUUCGAGAGUUGGUUCUUGGUUGCUGUGGGACUCACCGCGACGGGAAUUCUUGUUGGUAGGAAAGUGGGUGGUCACGAUGAUGAUUGGGAUGAUGAUGGUGGGAUAGAGUUGGGGAAGAGAAGUUAA